AAAUUUUUUUUGUCAUGGCGGGCCCCCCCCCCUUACGAAGUUGGGCCCCCCCCUUGAAAAAUUGCUGCGUACGCCACUGCUAGGAUGAUUCACUUUUUGAAGUACACAUAACUCUCGGAUUUAAAUCCGAAGUUUCCGCAUUUAUUCUAAUAUAAAUUUGGAAUGUUGCACAUUGAUUUAGAAUAUAUUUUAAAAAAUUUUUUUAUUUUCUCUAUUAUAAUAAUAUAGAAAUAAUUUAUAUAUAUGUUUAAAUAUUCUUAUAUUAUUUUCUAAUUGAAUUUAUUCGAGUUAAUAAUAAUUAUAUUCUAUAAUUAUUAUUUAUAAUUUAUAUAAUAAGAAAUAUUUAAUUAAUCUCUUUUAAAAAUAAGAUUUUCUUUUUUUUAAUUUUUAUAUUACAAUCUCAAUAAAAAUAAAUAUUAUUAAAUUUGUUUAAUAUAUAGAAUAAUUAUUUAAAUUGUUUACAUAAGAGACUUAUUUAACAAUAUUUUACUGUAUUUAGGUAAACUUCAUUGAUUUCAUAAAUUUCUUUUUUUCUUUUCUUUUUUUCUAAGAAUAACUUAAUAUAUAUUAAAUAAAUCAAAGAUAAUAUAUUUUUAUCAUAAAAACUGAUUAGUUUUUGUUUAAUAAUAUUUAUAAUUAUAAAUAAUAAAUAAUAAAUAAUAAAUGUAAAUAUUAAUUUAGAAUGAACUUCAUGAUGAAAUAUGUCAAAAACGAACAUUAGCAACAAUUGGUACACAUGAUUUAUCGUUAAUAUCAGGAAAUUUAGUUUAUGAUGCUCGGGAUCCAGAUGAAAUAGGUCUUAUACCACUUGGAAAAUCUAAAUUAGUAUCAGCAAGAGAUUUUUAUGAUCAAUUAUGUCGAGAUGCUGAACAUGAAAGAAAAUUAAAAAAACGAAAUCAACUUUCAGGUCUUCAUAAAUAUUUAACAUUAUUACAAGAUCAACAUGAUUUUCCUUGUUUAUCGGAUCAAGAUCGAUAUGUUAUUUCACUUCCACCAUUAACAAAUUCGGAACGAACUAAAGUAAAUUAAAAUUAUUUAUUUAAUUAUAUUAAAUUUAACGAUAAUAAUACUAA